CCUGCAGCAUGCGGCGGGGGCGCGCUGCUCGUGCCCGAGGGCCAUGAAGUCACGUGGGCUCGCGGCCCCGCCCCGUCGUCGGCCCCGACUUGGUGGGGCGGUGUCUGCCCCGGAAGUGCCUGUCUUUGGCUGACAGCUGCUGGCGCGGCGGCGUCCCGGAGCAAGAUGGCGCUGCGGCCGGGAGCCGGAGCCAGCGGCGCGGCGGGGGCGGGCGCGGGCCCCGGCGGGGCAGGCAGCUUCAUGUUUCCUGUUGCAGGUGGAAUGAGGCCCCCUCAAGGCCUGAUUCCAAUGCAACAGCAAGGAUUUCCUAUGGUCUCUGUCAUGCAGCCCAAUAUGCAAGGCAUGAUGGGAAUGAACUACAGCUCUCAGAUGUCCCAGGGACCCAUUGCAAUGCAGGCAGGAAUACCAAUGGGGCCAAUGCCAGCAACGGGUGUGCCUUUCCUGGGUCAGCCACCUUUCUUGAGCAUGCGACCUACAGGCCCACAGUACACUCCAGACAUGCAGAAGCAGUUUGCGGAAGAGCAACAAAAACGAUUUGAACAACAACAAAAGCUCUUAGAAGAAGAAAGAAAGAGGCGUCAGUUUGAAGAGCAAAAACAAAAGCUCAGACUUCUCAGUAGUGUGAAACCCAAGACAGGGGAGAAGAACAGAGACGAUGCUUUGGAAGCCAUAAAAGGAAACUUGGAUGGGUUUUCCAGAGAUGCUAAGAUGCACCCCACUCCGGCAUCACACCCAAAGAAACCAGACUGCCCCACAUCAUCUCAUUCUACUAAAACUGUCUCCCCAUCAUCUGCCUUUCUUGGCGAAGACGAAUUCAGUGGCUUUGUGCAGGGGCCUGUUGAGCUUCCCACUUGCAGGCCUUCUUCCACAGCCCGGCCCUUUCAGUCUUUUCUCCCCAGCACCCCACUCGGCCAGUUACAUACACAGAAGGCUGGGGCACAGCCUCUACCUCCAGGUCAGGCUCCAGUGUCUUUUGCAGUGCAUGGUGUCCAUGGGCAAAUCCCUUGUUUAUCUACUGCUUCACCUUCCCACAGUGUGCAGAAAGCAGGCCCUUCCUUGGAAGAGAAGCUCCUAGUAUCUUGUGAUAUAAGUACAUCUGGGCAGGAACAUGUUAAAUUAAACACUCCUGAAGCUGGGCAUAAAGCCCUAGUCCCAGGUUCCAGUAAAAACUGCCCUGGUUUAAUGGCCCAUAACCGGGGUGCUGUGGAUGGAUGUGUGAGUGGUCCCACCACUGCAGAGGCAGAAAAGACUUCAGAUCAAACCCUGUCAAAGGAAGAGAGUGGUGUGGGCGUGUUUCCCUCUCAGGAUCCUGUUCAGCCCAGAAUGCCUCCUUGGAUUUACAAUGAGAGUUUGGUUCCAGAUGCCUAUAAGAAAAUUUUAGAAACCACAAUGACUCCAACUGGAAUAGAUACUGCUAAACUUUAUCCCAUUCUGAUGUCAUCUGGACUUCCCAGGGAAACUCUCGGACAGAUAUGGGCCUUAGCUAAUCGAACCACACCUGGCCAGCUCACUAAGGAGGAGCUUUAUACCGUUCUCGCCAUGGUAGCAGUAACACAGAGGGGUGUUCCUGCCAUGAGCCCUGAUGCUUUGAACCAGUUCCCUGCGGCUCCCAUUCCUACCUUAAGCGGCUUUCCUAUGACUCUGCCUACCCCAGUGAGCCAGCCAGCAGCGAUGCCCUCUGGCCCUGCAGGCUCCAUGCCCCUCACCCUUGGACAGCCCAUCAUGGGCAUUAACCUUGUUGGACCAGUGGGUGGAGCUGCAGCACCAACUUCCAGUGGCUUCAUGCCAGCCUACCCCUCAAACCAGGUGGGAAAGACAGAAGAAGAUGACUUCCAGGAUUUUCAAGAUGCUUCGAAAUCAGGAUCCAUUGAUGAUUCUUUCACUGACUUCCAAGAGAUGCCUGCUUCCUCAAAAACCAGUAAUUCCCAGCAUGGAAACAGCGCUCCAUCACUCUUGAUCCCACUUCCUGGAAGUAAGGCUCCCACAGACAAAUACGCAGUGCUUAAAGGGAUUUCCGCUGACAAGCCCUCCGAAAACCCUGCUUCAUUUGGAGAGUCUGGUGAUAAAUACAGUGCUUUCAGGGAACUUGAGCAAACAACAGACAGUAAGCCUUUAGGAGAGAGCUUUGCUGAGUUCAGAUCCACAGGGACCGAUGACGGCUUCACUGACUUCAAGACCGCCGAUAGCGUGUCACCCCUAGAGCCACCAACAAAAGACACUUUUCCAUCAGCUUUCGCCUCAGGAGCUGCACAGCCGACACAGACACAGGUGAAAGCCCCUCUGAACUUAGCAGACCUAGAUAUGUUCUCCUCAGUGGAUUGCAGUGGCGAGAGACCUGUGCCCUUUCCAGCCACGUUUAGCACAGCAAAGUCAGUGUCCAUGAGACCUCAGCCAGUGGGUUCUGCAGCCUCAGCAGCACUGGCAUCCACUAAAACUUCUAGCUUGGCAGAUGAUUUUGGAGAGUUCAACCUCUUUGGGGAAUAUUCGAACCCUGCAUCUGUUGGGGAGCAGGACGACUUUGCAGAUUUCAUGGCUUUUGGUAACAGCUCCAUUUCAUCUGAGCCAAAAGCAGGUGACAAGUACGAAGCCCUCAGGGAGGAAGUGAGCCCGGGCCCCCUGUCCAGCAGCACUAUGGAGGGGGCACAGAACCCACCUGCUGCGUCAACCAAGUACGAUGUCUUCAAACAGCUUUCCCUAGAGGGAGCUGGGCUGGCUAUGGAGGAGUUCAAAGAGAAUACCUCUUCCACAAAGAGUGACGAUGACUUUGCCGACUUCCACUCUAGUAAAUUUUCAUCCACGAGCUCAGACAAAUCCCUGGGAGAGAAAGCCGUGGCUUUCAGACACACCAAAGAAGACUCCUCCUCAGUGAAGUCAUUAGACCUCCCCUCCAUCGGUGGCAGCAGUGUUGGCAAGGAGGACUCUGAAGAUGCACUUUCUGUUCAGUUUGACAUGAAACUGGCUGAUGUGGGAGGAGAUCUUAAGCAUGUCAUGUCUGAUAGCUCUUUGGAUUUGCCAACAGUUAGUGGCCAACAUCCUCCUGCCGCAGGAUUGGCCCUGGCCAGCGAGGAUGCUCUUCCAGAGACUCCCUUCCCAGCUUUUGCCAGCUUUAAAGACAUGAUGCCUCAGACCACUGAACAGAAAGAGUAUGAAAUCGGGGACUUCCAGGAUUUCACAAGGCAGGACAUGGUGGACCGGAGCCAAGAGACCUCGUGUCCAAGCCCAGCAUCCAGUGUGGCCUCACACGAAACCCCCAAGGAGGGUGCAGACGACUUUGGAGAAUUUCAAAGCGAAAAGCCCAAAAUCAGCAAGUUUGACUUUUUAGUAGCUAAUUCACAGAGCAAAAUGAAGUCCAGUGAAGAAAUGAUCAGAAGUGAGCUGGCAACCUUUGACCUUUCUGUUCAAGGAUCACACAAGAGGAGCUUGAGCCUUGGGGAUAAAGAAAUAAGUCGGUCCUCUCCGUCCCCGGCCCUGGAGCAGCCCUUCAGAGACCGGUCCAACACUCUGAGUGAGAGGGCUGCCCUGCCCGUCAUCCGAGACAAGUACAAGGAUCUGACCGGCGAAGUGGAGGAAAAUGAGAGAUACGCGUAUGAGUGGCAGAGAUGCCUGGGGAGCGCCCUGGAUGUCAUUAAGAAGGCAAACGACACCUUAAACGGCAUUAGCAGCAGUGCUGUUUGCACAGAAGUUAUCCAGUCAGCCCAAGGCAUGGAGUAUCUUCUAGGCGUGGUGGAAGUGUACCGAGUAACCAAGCGUGUGGAGCUGGGGAUAAAAGCCACUGCUGUGUGCAGUGAGAAACUCCAGCAGCUGCUGAAGGACAUCGAUAAAGUGUGGAACAACUUAAUCGGCUUCAUGUCACUUGCCACACUCACACCUGAUGAGAAUUCACUGGAUUUUUCCUCCUGUAUGUUACGGCCUGGGAUCAAAAACGCUCAGGAGCUGGCUUGUGGAGUGUGUCUCUUAAAUGUGGACUCCAGGAGCCGGAAAGAAGAGACGCCUGCGGAAGAACAGCCUAAAAAAGCAUUCAACUCAGAGACAGACAGUUUCAAGCUGGCCUAUGGAGGACACCAGUACCAUGCCAGCUGUGCCAACUUCUGGAUCAACUGUGUUGAACCCAAGCCUCCUGGCCUCCUCUUGCCAGAUCUGCUCUGAAAAGCUGCCAAAUGAAGCUGAUUUUUGGUUGUUUCUGUCCCAGGACUUAGGGUGACAGAAAUCAAUAAAUAGAAUGCAAGUACUGUAAAGUCCCCUUCCACCAGUCUCUCUGAAGCAUUCCCCAGGAGGUAGGGUCACCUGCCCCUCUUUGAGACUUGAGGUAAAUUGCUAGACCCAAACUGCCCAUGGCACUGGACACUUGCUUGCUUAUCUCCUCUGGUUUUGUUGUUGUUGAUGGUGAUGUUGGUUUGAUUUUUUUUUUUUUUUUUUUUUUUUAAGAAUAGGGCCUUGAUGCAAACCCCUGGCUGACCUUGAAUUUGCAUCCAUCCUCCCAUGACUGCCUCCUGAGUGCUGGAUCACAGGCAUGUGCCGCUAUACCCUGUUUCUCUUGUCCUCUUUAGAUAAUUUAAAAUGCAGACCAGAGUUUUCUGCUGCCGAAAUGUAUGUGAAAUGUUAACAAGAGAAGAAAAAUAAGUUACACUAGGACCAGAAUCCGCAAGUUCGUCUCCAUCCGGCUCACUUAUAUCUCCAUCAUGAUAGUCCUAGCAAGCAGAACACACUUUUCUGCAUUUAGCUUUUACACACUUGAAGUGAAUAAAAACGGCUUGUGAUUGAACUCCUGCUCUGUCCCGGUAAAGAGCGCACUGCUGUCUCCACUGGACAGCGGCAGGCAAGGAGGACACAUACUCGCCUCCUGUGGCACCUCACCCUCUUCCCCUUCCUGAAACUCGGCACAUCCUUCUCCUUGGAGCCUUUGUUGAGAACCUGCUGUUUUGCCUCAACAUCAAGCAUGACACAAAGCACGGUGUUUUCCCACCAGAUAACAGCGCAGACUGCAAUCUCUUCAUAGCGACCUCUCUCAAGAAGACUGCAUAGGAACCAGCAAUGCUGGACUCGGCAGUACUUCAGGAGAGAUCUGAGAAUGAACUCAGGGUGAGAGGGAGUUCUGGACCUAAGGCAGUGCUUUUCAACCUUCCUAAUGCUGGGACCUUUCAAUACAGUUCCUCAUGUUGUGGUGGCCUCCAGCCAUAAAAUUAUUUUUGUUGCUACU